GCUACUUAAGAAUGAUUGCAUCUCAACGAGGAGUGAGAAGCCUCCGUUAAGUAGCCUGAGGAAUCCCAGAGUGUCAGCUGAGAGGCAAACACGCCUAUGCCCGGUGCCUCUCGGUGCCAGCGAAGGGUGAAAGGACAGUAACUCACCAAAACCUUAUCCUGGCUCUCUCCACCCGCUCUUUUCACGCAACGAGGCAGGCAAAUCCUCCCGGCCUAAUUCCACGCCCCUUUAAGUAUUUCUGCUGCAUGGGAAGGAGAGGAGGAAUGAUUAAUAGAGAAAACUAAAGGGGAUGGAGGAGUGAGAAAGCAGUGAAUGGAGCGGUGCGCGAGGAGCCAGCACGGGUGGGCAGCAGACGCGCGCCUCUCACAGUUGCCAAGUCUGGCGGUGCGCUCUGGCGAGUGGCGACAGUAAAAUGAUCUUCACGUCCACUACACAUACACACACACACGCCUCCACGCCUGACAUUACGCCAGGCACACGAGAGCCACGCCCAGGUCGCCAGUAAACGCGUGUGUUACAAGGACGCCGAUGGGGUGAGGAGAGCGAGAGAGUGGAGGCUGUGUCGCUUGGCUGCAGCAGGCGACAGAGGCAGUCUCAGUGACUCAGUGUGCCGACGGGUGGGAGUGAGGUGGGAGCUGUACAGUGCCGCCUCCGCCGCCGCCCUAACCACAGCCUCAGGGGAGUGCCGUGCCCUUCCUUGAGACGAAGCAGUGCCAUCCCCCCGCGUCCCUCACCAACCCAGCCCCGGACCUCAGCGAGUAGGAUGCAGGACCCGUGGUGACGCCCCGCCGCUCGGCAUGGAGAGAGGAUUUCUGGUGUCCGAGCGCCCAUCAUUGUGGUGGUGGUGGUGGUGGUGACGAUGAGUGGGACAGCCCCUGCACCGCUUGUCCUGGUGCUGGUGUCCGCCCUGCUUCUCUCCUGCAACGUGUUCUGGCUGUACUCCACCACUGGGCACACACAGAGAGCAGCCAGCGUGUGUGUGCCAGAGGUGGAGGCAUGGGGCACAGCAGCAGCUAGUGGAGCAAACAGCAGUGGUGCCCCAUACAGGCGAGACUACCAGCGUGUGGUGGGCAGUGGCCAGCGAGAUGUGCCCUUCCCAAUCCCUGUGCCCAAUGACACCGUCCUGCUGGGCACUGAUCCCGAGGCUGAGGAAGGGCCUCUUCGUUACCUCACCAUUGGGAUUUCGUCCGUGUGGCGCAAAGAUGACUACCUGACCCGCACCAUUGACUCCAUCCUGAAGGAGACCACGCAGGAGGAGAAGGCUGACAUCUUCAUCUUCCUGCUGCUUGCUGACGCUGAUGCCAGCCUGAGGUCCCAGCGAGCAAUUGACUUAGGAGUGAGGUAUAGCAAGGAGAUACAGAAAGGCUUACUGAGGGUGCUGCAGCCGCCCUCAGCUCUCUAUCCAAGCAUUGACUUCACGGCCAUCAGGAGGACCUACAAUGACUCUGUGGCAAGGGUGCAGUGGCGGACCAAGCAGGUGUUGGACUUUGCCUUCUUGUUCUGGUACUCUUGGAGCCGCCAUCCCUCCAGCUAUUACCUGGUGCUGGAGGAUGAUGUGCUGAGUGCUAAGCAUUUCGUCACUGCCAUCAAGGACUUUGUUGCUCUCCAUAAAGGACACCACUGGAUAUCCCUGCAGCUGGCUGGCUUCCUUGGCAUUGGUCAGCUGCUGCGAUGUGGCGACCUGGAACGCCUGGUGUCCUUCCUGCUGCUGUUUUACCGGGAGCACCCAGUGGACGUGCUCAUCAACCACUGGGUGUCUCUCAUGGCGCCAGAGAAGCCCCCUAAGGACCGCCCCACCAGGAGAGUACCAGGGUUGUUCCAGCACAUUGGCGUCCAUUCAACCUUGGCUAACAAAACACAGUCCCUCAAGGAUAACACUUUCAGCCUGGUGAAGCGACGGUUCUCACAUGUCAACCCAACAGCAGAUGUUGUGACCACCAUCCGCCAGUACAAGGCCUACCUGGCAGAGCAUGCUUACUCCUCCGCUCCAGGCAUGUUCUGGGGCAUCCCUCGGCCCGGCGACUCCUUUGAUGUUCUCUUUGCUGAGCCACUUAAAGUGUCCAGAGUCGUGGUGCUGACCGGUGCAGUGAUCAACAAGAAGGUGCGCGACAGACUGCUCAAUGGGUCACUGGAGGCCUCUGCAACCUUCCUCAAGAUGGAAACACCCAAGAGAGCUGCAUGCAAGAGCUUCACACACAUUCAGGACUUCAAGAAUGGGGAGGUGGAUGCUGAACACCUGCGGACAGCCUUCCCUCAGGGCAUCCAGUGCAUCCGAGUGGCCAUCGGUCCCCGCCAGAGAUCCUGGGUGGCAAUCACAGAGGUUGCAGUCUUCACGGAGGAUGAUCAGGCCAUUGUGUACAGCCCAGUCACUGCCACACGGGUCUCCUCCAACACCAUCACUUCUGCUCACAACUCCAGGAAAUUGAGGGCAAGUAAGCAGCCACAACUAAGCAGUACCAUCAAGAAACACUAGCAGGAGCAGGAGACAUAUUUUAUACAAGUGGAGGCAAUGCAUAAAGAAACAUUACCUAAACAGAAUAUUGAGUCAGACUGAAGUUGUUGGCAUGAGAGCAAAUUGCUGGUCUCUUCCCUGCAACAGAGGAACAAUAGCAGAAACAAAAGACAUUUACACAAGUAAAGAAGUUUUGGUAAUGCAUAAGGAACUAUUACCUGAACAAAAAAAUAGAGUCAGACUGUAGUUGUUGGCAUGAGAGCACGUUACCAAUUUCUUCCCUGCAACAGAGGAACAAUAACAGACAAAUACUGUAUACUAAAUAGAAACAAGGUACAAAAGGCGAGUCUUGACCACAGAGUGCCACAAGUAGGGACUGCCUGGAAGUGUUGUUUAGAUAUACAACUAGAAUGUAACUAGUCUAGGUGGAGGAGGAGGAGAUUGCGACUUGAGAGGACUAAUUAGGAGAUAGUAAGCAAAUCUAGAAUGGGAGACAAUUACAUUAAUUCAGAAUGAGGAAUUGUGUGUCAGGGAAGAACAGGAACUCAGAAUGAGGAAUUGUGUGUCAGGGAGAACAGGGAGUGGGGGAGUGGUGAAUUGUGUGUCCAGGAAGAACAGGGGAAGGCAUUUGAGAAGGUAGUGAGUGAUAUUAUGUAAAGAUCAGCAAACAUCUAAUUUACAGUCAUUCUUUUGCAAAGAUUUAAUUUUAAAGUUAUUCUUUUACUGUGAUUUAAACUCAUUAACUUUACUGUUAUUUUACUGAUGGAUUAAAACUUACCAGUAGCUUAGUGUGCUGUUGGGCAUGCAAUUAUACUCAUGAUGCAAUCCUUGUUUGUUUGCCAGUGGUAUGAGACUGGUAGGUCACAAGAACACAAGAAUUAAGGGAAGUUGCAGGAAGCCGCCAAACCUGCACAUGGCAGUCCCUGUUCAGGUUGUGGCUAAAGACGUGUCCACACAGUCGAACAUUGUCUGUCGGAUAUCCACUGUUACUACAUCUCAAGGCGAAGCAGGAUGAUAUCAUAAGCAUUGAAACGAGUGAAGUUUAUAUGGUAACAAACAGUGGUACCAGAUAAAGUUGUAAACCAUACUUUCUACUCAGUUCACCAGGCAGAGACCAGCAGACAAUGUUUGAAGCUGAUGUCUGGUGGCAACACAGGUAUAUAAUUAUGUCAUUGUUAGUGUGGGCUUGGGAGAUAGGUGGUUGUUGCCAGUGUCUAGUGCAGUACAUCACACCCAUGGUGCACAAUAAGAUAAAAAAGAAAACAGCAUAAUAAUUGUUGCACUGUGUGAGGAGGACAAGGAGGUGAGAAGAAGGGAAUGAUGCAGGGACUGUGUUACAAAGAUGAAGUGAAAGGGGAAGCCAUGCAUGCAACCAUUUUACAUGAACUGCUAAUUGGUUAUGAAUCUGACUUUGGAAACUAUAUGUACAUGGACCCAGACACUCUCUAAGAUUUAUAUACUGGAGAAAGUAAAACUUUUUAUAACGAAGCAGGACACCUGUAUGAGGGAGAGCAGUGUCCGAGGUUCCAAAACUAUGAACAUGGGCAGUCCAUUACACCCCCUUGGUACGUACUUCUGACGUCAUCAGCACUCCUAUCAUAUUGUUAUCUGGUAACAGUGGGUGUUUGAUGGACAGUGUUUGAACAUGUGGACGUACCCUAACAGGCAGCAUGUGGGUGGUUUGAAGGCACUCAGGGAUGUGAAUGAGGAUCUCCAGGCAGUGUUGUGUUCAACUUUCACCUUACUGAGGACGAGCAAGGAAGUACAGUAAAAUCCCUCUUAUCCAGCAUCAACGGGACCGCUGACAUGCCGGAUACUUGAAUAGAAGUGAAAUUAUGUCCACAAUCACCACCCUACACUCAUGCAUCUUACCAUAACAAAGAUCAGCUGAUCUUAAUCAGCAGCUGAUCUGAUCAGCUGCUUAAGUGUAAGCACAACACGCUUCCUCUUUUCUACAACUUUAGGCAUGAUGAAGGCGUCAGGCGAUAAACACUGCACACGCGGGACUGAGUCACUGGGUAAACACAGUGCAGUGGGCUGUGGGUGGCGUGAAGCAGUGCGCUCUAGUGGCGAGGGGACAAAGUAUGCCUCUCGCGGGAAUUUUAAUCGAUUUUAUGAGUACACAUUGAUUUUUUAUUGAUUUUAAGGCUCGGGGAAAAAUGUGCCAGAUACUUGAAGCUGCCGGAUACUCAAAUACUGGAUGAGAGGGAUUUUACUGUAUGAGCUUUUAAUAGUCUGACUCCAUAGGACAAGUAGAUAAUGAAACCGGGAAUAACCAAAGAAGGGCUUACUGACUUGUGAAUGCAAGAAGUGUGCUGCUAGGAUGAAAACAAUUUAAGGCCAGUUACUUGUACAGGUACUUUGUUAUUUUGUGACUUGUGAAGCAAAGUGGGUCAUGUUAAGCAGUGAAGGAAAUAAUAUAAUGUCGAAGCAAAGCGGGUCAUGUUAAGCAGUGAAGGAAAUAAUAUAAUGUCAUCUGUAAUACUUCAAGAAACAGAAAAUAAUGUCAUCUGUAAUACUUCAAGAAACAGAAAAAAGUGCAUGUGUUUGUGAAAGAUUUAAAGAAAACAGAAUGAAGACAUGAAUUUUAAAGAAAAUGAGAAACGUGAAAAAGACAGCAUAAAGUUAUGGUGUUAAGGAAAUGCAUUAAAAAAUUAAGCAAAGGAUUAACCUGAAACAAUUUACCUUUUUCAAGACGAGAAACAGUACCUUCUUCAAGACAGAGAAACAAAAGAUAUUUACUUUGCAGAAAACAAUGAACAAAGAAUGCAAGGAUUUAUAAUAAUCAAAUUUACCUUUACUCUGUUUUGUUGAUGUUUGUGCAUUAGUGCAGUAAUGAUGCUGUCCAUCCCAAGACAAGAAGUGCUUACAUGCACCUCACACAACCCAGGAAUCCUGACUCAUCUCAUGCCAAAGACUAACCUCUUCCAGUAAUGCUUUAAUCACGCCUCAUUUGUUUAGGUUGUGUAGUGACCACUGGUGGGUGGGACAAGCUUCAACACCAUCUAUACAUCAUUCAGCAUCAUAGGGGUUUCAUAAUGCAUCAUUCCAGUGUGCAUUUUCAUUUGAGAAUAGUGAAAAGGGACUCAUAGUAACUGAAUAGGUUUUCCAUUUUCUUCUUGCAUCAAUUUGUCAUGUGGCUUGUAUUGUUGACAUGUGAGUCUGUGUGAGUGUAUUGGCACUUGAUUUCACUCACACAGUGCAUAAUGAUUAUUGUAAGACACUCAUGACAAGCUGCUGAGGUGCAAACAAUGAAGCCUGAUAUCUGUGACAGGCACUGAGGUGCAAACACUACAAGAUCUGUGCUAAAUAAUGUAGUACAAUAUCAUCACACUUCAUCAUUACUCAAGGUCUUUUCCUGUAGUCAGCAUUUAGCAUUCAGAGCACCUAGUGUCAGGUAAACAUUGUCCCCUUUACACACACACACAAGCUUGAUGAGCUGAGAUAUUGUUUUUGUAGCUUUUGUAGUUUUCAUUGUAACUUUUUUGUAGUUUUGAUAUGCAGACUAUUUUUCCUCAACUUGAGAGAACCCUCUUGUAUAACUUCAUUUCUCAUUGGCUUGCUUGCUCCAUUUCAGCUGCAGCUCCAUCAUCAAUAUCUGUUGCUUCACAUGGUCUGCUGUCUUCCCAGGAUUGCUUUAAGCAUACCUAAUAAGUCCUAUGAGAUACUGGCAGGUGCUGCAGUGAGUGAGGAUAGAGGCUUCUGAGCUGCAGUGAAUGUGAUAUAGGGUGAUUCUUUUGGGAUAUAGGAUUGAUGGAUUUGAUUGUUUGUAGGCGAUUCUUUUGGGAUAUUAGGGUUUGAUUUUUUUGGGAUGUAGGAUUUGAUUUGGGUUUGAUUUUUAUAACUGCAACAGCCAGUACCCAUCAUGGCCAUAGUUCCCAACUAGCCAGUAUCCAGGUACCCAUGGUCAUAGUUAACUCUACUACUUUAACAUCCAUGGUCGUAGUGAACUACUCUACUACUCUAACACUGCAGUUACUAUCUACUAGUUAACUACUCAUUACCAUAACACCAGUUACUAUACUACUCUUAUAAUAACAACCAGUUGUUGCCUGGGGGAAUCAAAAGCCACAUAGAGAAGCUACUCAUAAAAGGUUACCAGCUAUAAGGUUACAUGGUGGGUCUAUUAUGUAUGCACAAUUGUUUGCAUUUGAGUAGCUGUUUUACAUUGCCACAGAUUAAUUCACAGGUAAUUUUGCAUUUUGGUUAAAUAGUGUACUUACUGUUCACCCAGUGAAUUAUUGUUCCUGGUCUAUUCUGCCUUCAUUGUUGCUCACCAUUCAUGUAUUUGUUCCAUAAUUUUGCUGUGAUAAUUAUUUUUAAAUAAAUAGAUGUAUCA